AUGUGCGCGCGCGCGCUCUCUUUCUUGAUUCCCUCACUGGUGUUGUAUUAUGCCUGGCCUACGUAUGGGUUUGGGCUUGGAUCUCCCCCCCGCUUCUGCGUUUGCUCGGGGCUGGAGACGGUAGAGUUCCGAAGGAAGGGGGAGGGGCAGAAAGAGGAGAGAGAGGGUGAUGGAUUGAGUUAUGAAUGGAGGGCGACUCUUUGUCUACCUGAGCUUUGGCUGGUUCGCCGUGUUUCAAACUUUCACUGCCAUGCCUUGGCAAUCACCAGACGGGCCGGCGGAAGGCAAAUGGUAGCCUCAUCCUUCGUCCUGCUGGCAUCCAUGACCGUUGUCCCCUCUGGGUCCCUCUGCAAGCUAAGCUUGACUGGAACGCAGAUCCGUCAAAUGGGCGAUUUCUUCUGCCAGCCCACCUGCACCUUUCUGAUUUGGGUUAUAUGGAGUGUCUCCGUGUCUCGUCAAUUUUACCCCAUGGAUUCUGACAGCUUAUUUAUUAUGAUUUGCCCUUUCCAGAACCUUUCAUCGGCCGUCUACGCUGCCGUAUAUAUCCUCUAA